CCUGCCGCUCGUGAACGCACCUCCUCCUGCCUGCUCCGGAUGUGUUUGCGUGUGUUAUUGUUGUGAACGGAGGGAGCAUGGACUCGACUCGUGUGACGAGAAUAGGUUGAUUUAGCUGUACUCAUGAUGAACUUUGACGGUCUCGACGCCGGGAUGGGUGAGUACCCUCCCAGCCUUCACGGGACUCUGGACGCAGGGAUGGAGCCCUCCAUGGACCCACACCUGAACCCCAACUUGCUGCAGGGUGUGGAGCUCGACCCAGAGGGACUGGCGGUGACCGUGCCCGAGCCUGUGCACCUCAUGGAGGGCAUGUUUUCCGAGCUACACAGUGCUGUUUCAGAAGUUGGCAUCCCUGUCACUGCAACACAUUUUGACCUUCAGGAGGAAAUGCUCUGGAUGGGAAACCACAGAGGUCAUGUAACCUCAUUUUUUGGACCUACGAUGGGACGCCAUUCUUCUUUCCAAGCGCACGCAGCCGACGACAUUCGACACAUUCAGAGUUUGGAAACGGGCGUCCUGUUUCUGUCCAAGUCUAACCUCAAAUGCCACACUCGUGGAGGCCUUGUUAUGUUUGAUUACCCGAUGGAGGAAGGAGCUGACAUGCAUAGCCUCCUCAUGACUGAUAACAACACUUUGCUUAUGGGUGGACUGCAAAACUAUGCGGUUGAAGUUGACUUGAAUACUGUCCAGGAAACUCAAAAGUUCACUGUUGAGGUACCUGGAGUGGCAAUAAUGCGGCAAACGAGUCGUUUCUUCUUCUGUGGACACACUUCUGGCAAAAUAACCCUCCGAGACUUGCGCUCCUUCAAGACGGAGCAUGAGUUUGACGCCUUCUCCGGCAGCCUCUCAGACUUUGACGUUCACGGAAACCUUCUGGCUGCGUGCGGGUUCUCCAGCCGAGGUUUGAACGGAUUGGCGUGCGACCGCUUCCUCAUGGUGUACGACCUCCGUAUGAUGCGGGCUGUAACGCCUCUUCAGGUGCACGUGGACCCUCUCUUCUUACGCUUCAUUCCUACGUACACGUCACGCCUGGCGAUCAUCUCACAGACAGGUCAGUGCCAGUUCUGCGAGCCCACCGGUCUCGCCAACGUUGCGGACAUUUUCCACGUCAACACGGUGGGCCAGUUGCUCAUGAGUUUUGACGUGUCAUCCAGCAAACAAGCUUUGGCUUUCGGGGACUCUGGGGGAUGCGUGCACCUUUGGUCUGACGCUCCAGAGGUUUCAUUUAACGACUACUCCCGGGAGACAGAGUUCGCCCUGCCUUGCCUCGUGGACACGCUGCCUCAACUGGACUGGAACCAUGACCUGCUGCCCAUCUCGCUGAUCCCCAUGCCGCUGACCAGCACGGAGCCGCUGCUGUCAGACUGGCCCAGUGCACUGGCUACACCCAGCCCCAGACGAGCUCCUGCUGUCGACCCAGAAAUCCUGCGCACAAUGAAAACUGUUGGAUUUAUAGGUUAUGCAGCGAAUCCUCGAACCCGCCCUCGGAACCAGGUUCCUUACAAAAUUAAAGAUGUGGAGCUCGAUUAUGAUAAUUACAACCAGGUCCCUGAAUCACCAAUUGGACGUGAUGAAGAGCCUCACCUCUACAUGGUGCCCAAAAAGUACAGAAAGGUCACGAUUAAAUACUCCAAACUUGGACUGGAGGACUUCGAUUUCAAGCAUUACAACAGAACCUUGUUUGCUGGUCUGGAGCCUCACAUCCCCAACGCCUAUUGUAACUGCAUGAUCCAGGUUUUAUAUUUCCUGGAGCCAAUUCGGUGUCUCGUUCAGAAUCAUUUGUGCCAGAAGGAGUUUUGUUUGGCCUGUGAGCUCGGCUUCCUCUUCCACAUGUUGGAUUUGUCACGAGGAGAUCCGUGUCAGGCCAGUAACUUCCUGCGAGCGUUUCGUACCAUCCCUGAAGCCUCAGCGCUUGGUCUGAUCCUCGCGGACUCAGACGAGCAAACGGGGAAGGCAAGGCUCGGCCGUUUAAUCCAAAGCUGGAACCGCUUCAUCCUCACCCAGCUCCACCAGGAGACUCAGGAGCAGGAGGGCCCACAGGCCUACAGGGGAGCCAGCAGCAGUUCUCUGGGUUCCUCUGGUGAGUCUGCCAUCGGAAAACUGUUUGGAUGUGAGGUGGAGAACAGCAGCUUGUGCCGAUGUGGCAAGGAGACGGUCCGCUCGUCCCUCACGUUACUCUUCACCAUGCAUUACUCUGAACAGAGCUCUCAAGAAAAAACAAAGGAAUACGACUUUGCUGAGAUCUUGAAGAAAAGCAUCUGUCUGGAGCAGAGCACUCAGGCGUGGUGUGAAAACUGUGAGAAGUAUCAACCCACAGUGCAGACACGCAACAUUCGAUGUCUACCAGAUGUUCUGGUCAUCAACUGUGAAGUGAACAGCGCUAAAGAGGCUGAAUUCUGGAAGGUUCAAGCCGAGUACGCCUUCAAUAAGGCCAAGAAAAAAGAGGCGAUGGAGCCUCCUAAACCUAAAGAACCUCCCCCGAUGCCCACCGAGUGGUGCUUAGACGGGGAGGAGGCCUGCAGUAUGGAGGGCUUCACCUUUGACACACAGGCGGAGGAUCUGCGACACGUCUGGAUCCCCCUCACUCUAAAGAUGUCCAUCAGCAAAAGUCAGGGACUCGAAGUGAGCAGCUGGCCGGAAGGAGAAGAGUUAAGCGCCGCUGAAGAGGCGGACGGUGCUUCCCUCUAUGACUUGGUUGUCACGGUGCCUCACGUCCUGGACGCUCGCACGGGUGGAAACUUGGUCGCACACAUCAAAGUGGGAGAGACCUACCAUCAGAGAAAAGAAGGAGUCACACACCAACAGUGGUACCUCUUCAAUGAUUUCUUAAUUGAGCCGAUUGACAAGGCUGAAGCUGCUCAGUUUGACGUCAGCUGGAAAGUGCCCGCCAUUCUGUAUUACGCCAAGAGGAACUACCAUACCAAAUACGACCUACGCAUUAAGAAUCCCAUAGACGCCAGCGUGCUGCUGACGGAGGCCUCAUUGGCACGGAAGCAGAGGAAGAGUCACGCCACAUUCAUCCCGCUCAUGGUCACCGAGAUGCCGCAGGCCGGGGACUUGGUGGGACUGGACGCUGAGUUUGUCACCCUCAACCAGGAAGAGGCAGAACUUCGCAGCGACGGCACCAAGUCGACCAUCAAGCCCAGUCAGAUGUCUGUGGCCAGGAUCACCUGUGUCAGGGGUCAGGGCCCUAACGAGGGGGUUCCCUUCAUCGAUGACUACAUCUCCACUCAGGAGCAGGUCGUCGACUAUCUGACGCAGUAUUCUGGCAUCAAACCAGGAGACCUGGAUGCGAAGAUCUCCUCAAAGCAUUUAACCACGCUGAAGUCCACGUACUUGAAGCUGCGCUUCCUCAUCGACACCGGAGUUCGCUUCGUUGGUCACGGUUUACAGAAGGACUUCCGGGUUAUCAAUUUAUUGGUUCUCAAAGAUCAAGUCAUCGACACGGUCUACCUGUUUCAUUUACCCCGCAAGAGGAUGAUUUCUCUCAGGUUUCUCGCCUGGUACUUUUUAGAUCUCAACAUACAGGGGGAAACCCACGACAGCAUAGAGGACGCUCGCACCGCUCUGCAGCUGUACAGGAAGUUUUUGGAGCUGAGCCGUGGAGGCGGGACAGACGAAGUGAGGAAGGUCCUAAAGGGACUCUACGAAAAAGGCCGCCAGCUGGACUGGAAAGUCCCAGAUUCGGACACAGGAGAUGGUCAAGGUAGCCCAAAAAGUGCUGCCGUGUUUCCCUCUGUGAUGGGGCUGUGAGCUGCACGUCGACACAUUCCCACUGGAGAGUUUUCACUGAUCACUGCUAGCUCAGUUAGUGUCAUAUUUUGUACUUAUUUGCAUUUAUUUUUGCAUUGUGUACAGUGUUUAUGAAGGUCUCUGCAGCCUGUACAGCCCAUCUCAGCUCACAAGACGUUUUAAUCAUGUCAAACAUUGUACUUUCCAUCGAGGAAAGGUUUUCAGGAGCAGGAAAUGAGUUUGUAUUUUAUGAUUUUGGAGCCUUUUUUAAAAAAAAUUAAUAAACAUAUCAUGAGCACUA